AUGGCAGAGCAAGUCCAGUUAAGCAUUCGUCGUGGUCAGUUCAAAGGCCAACUAUCACGAUUUGUAUUAUUUGUUGAGAGAAAGAGUGGAGAAGAAAAUAUUGACACCAGUCAAAUCAUACUACGACGAGAUAAAAUAUUGGAGGUGUGGCAAGAUUAUGAAUCGGUACAAGCAGAAAUAGAAGAACUUACGGGAAUUACGGAAGAAAUGGAAAAGUAUAGAGAGGAGAUGGAGAAUAUUUAUUUUGGAGUCUUAGCCGAAUGCGAUAAACUUAUAAAGAAACUAUGUUCAUCUGAUAAUAUCAGCAUUAAUGAUAGUUCCGUUCAAAAUAUUCAAUCUAUUCCUACUAAACCCAAUAAUAUAAAUAGUCAAUUCGGUUCUUCUAUAAUCAAAUUACCACCAAUCGAUCUACCUAAAUUUUCAGGAGAUUAUUCUGAGUGGCAAUCGUAUUAUGAUAUGUUUUCCACAGCGAUCAACGAGAAUAACAAUCUCAAUAAUAUGCAAAAGUUUUUUUAUUUACGACCUUCAUUAAGCGGAGAAGCUGCUAAGGUAAUACAGUGUUUACCUACCACUUCUGACAAAUAUACAAUCGCCUGGCAAACUCUAAAAGAGCGUUAUAGUAAUACUAAGUUGUUAGUUCAAGUGCAUACUAAGUCGCUUUUCGAUUUAAGUCCAAUAUACCACGAAAGUGCUGAAGAAACUCGAUGUUUUCAUGAUACGUUAGUGGGUCAUAUUAAAGCUCUAGAGAAUCUUGGUCAAAAGCCCGACUUGUGGGGGUCACUAAUUAUACAUUUAAUUACAUCUAAAUUAGACGUACAAAGUUUGCGUAGCUGGGAAAUCGAAUCACCAAGGUCAGAGGUAGCAACAUUAAAUAAUAUUAUUGUGUUUUUAGAAUCGCGUUUUAGAAUGCUAGAAGCUAUUGAAUCGUCUAGCAAAUUACAAUCUAAUAAUAACAUACGCAGCUUCAGCAAGAAAAAUUUUAUUCAAAAAAGAAGUGAUCGUAAAAUAAAUGUAUUGUUUACAAGUGGCGGUAGCGUGACUUGUUAUUAUUGUAAACAAUCGCACACUAUUUAUCGUUGUCCGUCGUUUUUAAAACUGACGGUAAAUGAACGUAUCAAUAAAAUUAAGCAAUUAAACCAUUGUAUUAUUUGUUUAAGAGCACAUGCAGAUGAACAAAUAUGUAAGGCCCGUCGUUGCGCUAAAUGUGGACGCGGUCAUAAUAGUUUAUUGCACGUAAAUUCGAAGACAGAUAAUGUGGGCAAUUCAGAUAACGUAGAAAGUAUUAUUGACAAUAAAGUGCCAGAUAAUACAACACUACAACAGCCGAUAUUAACAAACGCGCACACUUAUCAAAGAAAUUACAACAGUAGCCGCAGGUCAGUACUGCUAGCUACUGCCGUAGUACAUGCGUAUAACAAUAAAAAUGAACCGGUAGUGUGCCGAGUAUUGCUAGAUUCCGGCUCACAAAACAAUUUUAUCACCGAGUCAAUGGCCCAUUAUUUGAAAUUGAAAAGAAAAAAUGUAGCGUAUUCUGUUUUUGGAAUAAACGAAUCACCGAAUAAUGUUAAACACCAGGUAUCAGCGAUUAUUAAAUCUCGCGUGUCAGAUUUUAAAACAAACUUGAAUUUUUUAACACUUCCCAAGCUGACCAGUCUCUUACCACAAUCGGGUAUUGAUGCGAGGGAGUUAAAAAUACCGUCAGAUAUUAUUUUGGCCGAUCCGCUGUUCGGCACACCGCAAAGGAUAGAUAUGUUGAUUGAAGCUGAAAUUUUCUUUGACUUGAUGUAUUCCGAUCAAAUAAAGACGGUUGACGGUCCCGUUAUACAAAAGACUGAGUUCGGUUGGAUCGUGUCCGGUCCUAUCUCAGCAAGCUUCACUACAUCUAUGUUCGCAACUACUGUAUGA